UCAAUGUCACAGAGUGACUGUCAAAACAGACAGCUGAUAGAGUGAUAAUACAAUACUGUGUUUUGUGCUCUAAUUUAAUCAUUUUAUUCAGUUUAAGUACGUUAAAAUGACUGAAGCACCCAGACUUUUAGUUUUAUACGGCAGUCAAACCUACACGGCUCAGGAGAGGGCUGAAAGAAUAUGGCGAACAACGAAAGUCUUAGGAUUUCGAGGGCCAGUUCAGGCCAUGGACGAAUAUCCAAUAUCUCGCCUUAUUAAAGAAGAAUUUGUGAUUUUCGUGUGUGCUACGGCUGGCCAAGGAGAUGAGCCAGAUAAUAUGAAGAAGUUCUGGAAGUUCCUGCUGCGAAAAAAUCUUCCUUCCAAUUCUUUAGCGAGGUUAAAAUUCGGAGUGCUAGGUCUUGGUGACUCGUCCUAUUUGAAAUUUAAUUUCGCGGGGAAGAAACUUCAUAAGCGAUUAAUCCAGUUGGGGGCUACACCGCUGCUUGAUAUAGGACUCUGUGACUACCAACAUGAUUUAGGCCAUGAUGCAGUCAUGGGUCCCUGGCUCAAAGACUACCUUACAAUACUCAAAAAACAAUACUUCCCGAAUUUAGACAUAGACAAUAUCAAAAACACAUUCACACCUCGUUGGAAAGUUACCGUAGACAAAAGUGAGGGAAAUGAGUUCAAACCUCCUUCUAAUGGUUUGAAUGAAGAUAUUUAUUUUGCUAAAGGAGCUAAAGAUACUUUUGUAGAUGCAACGCUAUUGGAAAUCACUAAAAAUAUUAGAACUACCCAUGAAUCACAUUAUCAGGAUGUAAGAUUAAUAACAUUACAGACAGCAGAUGAUAGUAAAUUAAAUUAUAAACCUGGAGAUGUAUUUAAUAUAAGACCUCGUAACUGUAAAGCAGAGGUAGAUGAUUUGUUCAAUCUUUUUGAAGAACACAAUAUUGAUAUAAAACCUCAUUACAAGUUGAUAGUGGAAGAGUAUCAUGAAGACAUGCCUGUACCAGCAUUUUUAAAACAACCGCACACACUUUACGAAAUCGCCGAACAAUACUGGGACUUACACUGCUACCCCACACAAUAUGUCUUCUCUCUUCUCGCACAAGUGUCUGAGGAUAAGUUAGAAAGAGAGAAAUGUAUACAACUCAGCUCCCCCGAGGGACAGGAAGACUGGCUUAAUUAUUGUAGGAGGCCUAAGAGGAGUGUGCUUGAAGUCCUACACGACUUCCACAAAUCGGCUUCCAAACUGACCCUCGAUGUGGUUUUCGAGCUCUUCUCCACUAUCAAACCGCGUUCCUUCUCCAUAGCGAGCAGUUCUCUGCCCACUGAAGGUCGUACCAUAGACCUGUUAGUAGCUGUGGUGAAUUAUAGAACGACUAUGAAGAAACCCAGGCUUGGGCUAGCUUCGAACUGGUUGAAGAGUUUAAAUAUUGGUGAUAAGGUCUUUGGAUGGAUCAAAGUUGGGUCUAUGAUUUUUCCGGAAGAUGCUACGACUCCUCACAUCCUAAUCGGUCCAGGCACCGGUCUAGCGCCCUUCCGCAGCCUCCUACAAGAACGCGACAUACUCCGAACAGCACACAAGGAUGUUCUCCACCUCAUCUUCGGCUGCAGAUACAAGGAGAAGGACUUCCAUUGCCGAGAGGAGUUAGAGAAGAUGGUUGAGGAGGAGAAGUUGAGCUUGUAUUGUGCUUUCUCGAGGGAUCAAGAGAAGAAAGUUUACGUCGGCAACAAAAUAGCAGAAAACAAAGAAUUAAUCUGGCAACUACUCAGCCAAGACGCUCGCAUCUACAUCUCAGGCACGGCUAAGAACAUGCCUGAUAAUGUUCGCGACGCGUUCAUAGACGCUGUGUUUGGUAAGUGCGGGGGACAUAGUGUGGAUGAAGCCAAGAAACUGUUGAAAGAUAUGGAAAAUAAUGGCAGGUUCCAAGUGGAAGCUUGGUAAAAGUUUUGUGAGGAAACCUAUGCCACCUUGUUAUAAAACGUGGGUAAGUACCGGGUUUAGUACUAGGCUUACCGUCAGUUGCACAAAGCUCCAUUUAAAGUUAAUGCUAUUUUAAAUCUAUCUAUAUUGCUGACUCUUUCUUUGAAAACAAGAUAAAAAGUGUCAGCAAUAGAUUUAAUGAAGCUUUGACUUUAUUGGAGCUUUGUGCAACUGACGGUUAGAGAAUUAACUUUGUUCGAGACGAUGGUUUGUACCUAGUACUAAAGCUGUCACUUUUUAGGAUUACAUUUUAUAAUAAGUUGGCUUGUUCUUGACAUUGACCCACGUUACUUGAAUUUUGGAAAUUGUACCUUAUUUUGUCUUUUUUCAAGUACCUACAUAGUUCAUAGAAAAAUGUAGACUGUUACCAUCUUAUUUCAAAAGUGGUUUUAAAAACUACCUAGUUUAGUAAUGGAACAUUAACUCUGUUAGAGACGAUGGCUUAAAUCCUGGACUUUCUUAGGACCGCGUUUUAUAAUAAAGUAAUUGAAGUUUAUCUAUCUGUAAAUUUUGAAUCAGAAACUUUAUGCCUGUGACAAUAAGGUUCAAAAUAUCUCACAGGUUUAAUAGUUGACAGGAUUAAAAUUAACCAUACCUACUUUGUAAUAGUCUUAAGAAGGUUUUUGUAUAUUUGAAACGAUUUUAUUAUUUGGAGUAAUUAAGUUACAAAAUGGAGUGAUCAAGCUAUUUAUGCGUGUUACGGCUGUUAUCUAGUCGGCUAUCGAAUAAUUAAGCUUGUCAGCGUUAAGCGUUUGUGUUGUGAAAUAUAAUUUUAAAUUAUAAUAAAGUUAUCGGCACGGAUAUUGAGCCCUGACCUUCAUCUGCGCAGAAGCGAUUUAUUGGUUUAUUGCCUUAUGUGUACGGUGCGCAAAGCGAUCCCCACUCUUCCGCCGAGAGCUCAAUAUCUGUGCCGAUAACUAUACCUAAAAUGUUUCAUAUAAUCCGAUUGAUUCGUUUAUUAUUGUAUCGAGUCUUUCUAUAGUCACAAACAAAAGAAAAUCUGAAAAUUGAUCAUAGAUGGCGCCUUAAGUUUGUUUUUGGGCGGUGGAGCGAAAGGAAUUUCUUUUACUGACGAAGGCGCUCCGUAGACAAACAAAUAUUGUAAUAUUAAAUAUAUAAAAGGCCGCCUAAAAUCCGUGUUCUUUCAAUAUAACUUAGCUUUCAUACUACCGCGUGUAAUUCAUUCGGUCCCGUAGCUUCGGCAAGUGCCUUCUCUACUAAGCUUGUUGUCUAUUUCUAGUUAUAAAGAAUUAUGGUUUACUACGGGUUAUAGGAAGUAUUAAAAAUAGUGAGCUUGAAUAUAAAUAUGUUUUAAACAUCACAUUUCUUUGAUAAUUAUGUAAUU